UUAUAUUCAUUAUUUGUUUUUUUUUAAAUCAUCGCGCUUCCGGGAUUUCUACGUCAUUACGUUCCCCUGCAGAGGCUAUGGCGCUUCCUGAGUCCCUGAUAACGCUAGUUGCCACCGCAUCUUUCUUCUGUUUCUUCUGUUUAUGUGUUCGCUACAGACGCGAAGUGCUCUGGAGAAAAUUGUUGAGCAAAAUAAUGGCCCGCACGGAGAAGCCGUUGUUCCGAAUCGCGUACACACUCUACACGAGGACCAGACUUGGCUACAUGUUCUACAAGAGACAAAUGAGAAAAGCUCGAGAAAAUUUCCCUGCUGGACAUUCCACAGCUCAGGCCAUGGAGUUCAAUGAUGUCGAAGUUCUCAAGGAAGAGGGAGUGACUUUAGAAGCAAUACUCUGUACACACAAGCAUUGGGAUCACAGCGGGGGAAACAAAGGGUUGAAAAAACUUCACAGCUCAUGCAGAGUUUAUGGAAACGCAGCUGAUAACAUUCCUGGCCUCACGCACCCUCUCUCACACAGGGACUCAGUCACAGUUGGCUGUAUGCACUUUAAGGCCCUCUUCACUCCUGGACACACAGUGGGCCACAUGAUCUACUUCCUGGAUGGCCGCGCGGUCGACGCCCCCUCCAGCCUGUUCUCUGGUGACCUGGUGUUCCUCUCGGGUUGUGGGAGGGUGUUCGAAGGCAGUGCCACAACAAUGCUGUCCUCUCUGGACACAGUCGCCUCCCUAAGUGGAACUUUAUUAUGGCCAGGUCAUGAGUAUGCAGAAGACAACCUACUGUUUGCUGCUGAGGUGGAGCCUCGCAACGCUGCCAGGGAAAGCAAAUCUCAGUGGGUGCUGCAGCAGCGAGGCCAGAAGCUGUGCACGUGUCCCUCCACUGUCGGAGAAGAAAGGCAGUACAAUCCUUUCCUGCGCAGCCACUGUGCGGAGCUCCAUCUGGCCCUGGGUGUCGAGCAGUUCCAGGAUGAAGACUGGACCCAGUUCAGGGCCCGGGUGCUGGAGGAGCUGCGAAAACGCAAAGACCUCUUUAACAGGAGAUAGUAGUGGAAACACUAAACGGCUAAACACUGGCAAACAGGAACGAGCUCACCUGUACUAGACAGUGGUACGUUGUAAAGUAAAGAUGAGAGAGUUCUUGGGUACGAAAUGAAAGUCUGUUCGAAGAAACUGGUUUUGUAAAAAAAAAAAAAAAAGGGUAACUUUUGACCAUUAGGAAUACAGUGGCAACUUCAUUAUUUCAUGAUACUGAACAUUAAGCCUAUUUCCUCUCCACAUACUGUACAGUAUAUCACACUAACUUUAAUAAGAAAUGAUUGUCUCUUUAACUUAGAGACAUUAACAGUAACAUAGAUUUGCAUGUUUCCUUUCCUGUAAUUUUAGGUACAAGCUCAUUUCUGAUCCUGGUGUGUGAAACAGAAGGGACGACAGGUCUGCAUACGACAUGGGUUAAUUUAGCAUGUUAGGUACUGUAAUUUUUUUUGUAUUGCCUGGUUCACUGUUAAAGCAAGUACUACAUUGUUUUAAAAACCUGACUUGAAAGUCCUUGGUACGCUGGAUUUACUAAGGAGUAAUUCACUUCUCCAUUGAAGUUGUGAUUUUUGAACUUGAGUAAUUUAUUGUAAAUAUUUGAUUUUGUUAUAUUAUUUUCAACAUUGUAUUGGUUUGAUUAUUUAAGAAAUCACAAACACUAGCAUUUCAUGCGGAUUUUAUUCGCUGAAUCUAAGAGCCAGUUAAGUAUUGAUGUAAAACUGAUUUUGUUGACAUUAGUUCUUUGGGAUUGGGCCCCGUUUUGCUUUCUCACAGAGUUUAAUUUUGUAACUCACUAUCAUUUUUUUGAUUAGCUGGGACCCACGGGUAUUGGAGGUGGAGCACAUUUUUUCUACUGUUUUUCAAGUAGUUGCACAGCUUGAACCUGAACAGCAACACGUGAAGGGGUACACUGGAGCACAUUGUCAUGAAACAUGACUGAAUUGCUGUGGAAGGGAUGAUGGAAAUAAUUUAAUGACGUACGGGGUGAUGUUAAAUCAAGCAAUCUGUACAGUAAGCAUCCACUAUGUUUUGCAAUCAGUUUUUACUUUGGUUUAAAAUUUGUAAUAUCUAAGAGUAAGAUGGUGAUGGAAAGACUUUAGAAAAAAUAGAAUUUUCUUUUUUCUAUAUGAGAAUACAAUGUGACAUUGACUGCUGUCCUCUUUAGAAUUUCACAAGGAAUGUUUUAAAGCCAAUUUGAAAACUUUGGAAAUAAAAAUUGUAUAUUUUUUUAAUAUAUUGAAGAAUUUAUUAUACUGUGACAAUACAAAUGAUGCACAUUAUUUCAGUAUAAUAAAAAAUCUUCCCAUGCACAUUUGAAUGUUUUUUUGGGUGUAUGUUUUCAUGCUAAGGAAGUGUAAUGCAGAUGGAGAAAUGAGCACUCUUCAAACUCCUCCAUUGCUCCUGCAGUAGAGCGUGUAUCAAAGUACCUUGUCCCCUGGUGGUUGUUGACUAAAAUGUUAUUCUGUUUGUUUGAUGCAGAUUCCCAUCUUAUUUGCAUAUGUUUGAGUUAUGAAUACCACCGCAUGGGAGACAUGUUUUACUUCAGGUUACGUUUUAAUGAGGAAAUAUGAAAGUAAACUUUCAUUCAUUA